GCCUUGCGAGAGGUCAAGAUGAACUACAUGCCCGGCACCGCCAGCCUCAUCGAGGACAUCGACAUCUGCCUCCUCCCACUUUGGCCAGCACUUCAAUGUGAGGCAAUCUCUUCAUCCUUGACCCUCAGCACAGUGACUGAUGGCUUUUUUAUCUCAAGCGAUGAUGCACAGCCUUCCGCUGGAAGCAUUUAAGGCAGAGCACACGACCCAAGCCAUAGCUGCUGGACUUGGGACCUUGAAGGCUCAGGAAGAACAAAUCCUUGAGUACAGCAGCCGCGGCAGUACUGCCACAUCUUCCAGAAAGCAUGCUACUGGCCACUUUUAAGCUGUGUGCUGGAAGCUCCUACAGACAUAUGCGGAACAUGAAAGGACUGAGGCACCAAGCUGUCCUGGCCAUUGGCCAAGAGCUGAACCGGAGAGCACUAGGAAACCCCAGUACUGGAUGGAUCAGUCAGGUUCAGCGUCAGAGCUCUCUGCUUGGUUCUCAGCUGGAAGCGACACUCUACAGUGACCAGGAGCUGUCCUAUAUCCAGCAGGGAGAGGUGGCUAUGCAGAAGGCCUUGGGCAUCCUCAGCGACCAGGAAGGCUGGAAGAAGGAAAGCCAGCAGGAGAACGGGGACGAAGUGCUCAGUAAGGUAGUCCCAGAUGUGGGCAAGGUUUUUCGGCUGGAGGUGGUGAUAGACCAGCCCAUGGACAGGCUGUAUGAAGAACUUGUGGACCGCAUGGAGGCCAUGGGAGAGUGGAACCCAAAUGUCAAGGAGAUCAAGGUCCUGCAGAAGAUUGGAAAAGACACGAUCAUCACCCAUGAGCUGGCUGCAGAAGCAGCAGGAAACCUGGUGGGGCCCCGUGACUUUGUGAGCGUGCGCUGUACCAAGCGCAGAGGCUCCACCUGUGUGUUGGCAGGCAUGGCCACGCACUUUGGGGAGAUGCCCGAGCAAAGCGGUGUUAUCAGAGCUGAGCACGGUCCCACCUGCAUGGUGCUUCAUCCAGUGGCUGGAAGUCCUUCAAAGACUAAGUUCACUUGGCUGCUCAGUAUCGACCUCAAGGGGUGGUUACCGAAGACCAUCAUCAACCAGGUCUUAUCACAGACCCAGAUGGAGUUUGCCAAUCACCUGCGCAAGCGCCUGGAGUCAAGCUCUGCCUCUGAGGCCCGGUGUUAAGGACUGUGCCCACUACAUCAACCUGCUUGCCACCCGCAAACUCCAGCAGGAAGCUUGCAAGUCUGUUUAAAAUCUUCAGUUGAUGACAAUGGGAAGAUUAGUAGUCAUAAGACUCUAAGACUGACUGGUAAAAAGUAGAAAAUGAGGGAAUGGGAAAAUAGAAAUGAGGCUUAGAAUAAAAGACCUCUAGCAUCUCCCACUGACUGUGAAGUGAAGGCUAAGGGAAAGGAAUCUUAAAUCCUUUUAUAGGCCUAUACAUGCUCACCUAAAACCCUAAAAAUGCCAGCAGCUUAUGUGAUAAGGUGGUGCUCAGGAUCAGGAACCAUUGUUUUACAAGCUCAAAAUGCCUGAAGGCAACGUGUGCACCAAAAAGCAAAGGCUUACCUAGGGAAUUCUGUGGCCUUCUGCUCCUCUGUAAAAGGCCAGAACUUGAAACUACCCACAAAAGGGCCCUUUCAGAGUAUACAUCCUAACUUUUCUCUAAGGAGAAAUGGAAUAGUCAUUGUGCUGGCCUCCCUACUUAUCCCAUCACAAUAAAAACCAUGUGCGCACAAUUCUGCCUGUACGUAUCUGUCCCACUCUAAGGAAUCUGCUGAGAAUCAUAGCUUCAUUAGGGUUCUGGGCCAAGACUGUUGGUUUAAAUUUCCUAGUUUGUAGAGCUCCAGCCAAAAGCCAGUGUGGUGGCACAUGCCCUUAAUCCCAGCACUUCAGUGGCAGAGGCAGGUGGAUCUCUAAUACUGAGGCCAGCCUGGCCUACAUGCAAGGAUAGCCAGAGCUACAGAGUGAGACCCUGCCUCAAAAAUACAAGAACAGUUGGGAGCACUGGUUGUUCUUCUAGGGGAUCCAGGUUCAAUUCCCAGCACCCACAAUGGCAGGUCAUAAUUGCAAUUCCAGUCCUAGAGAAUCUGAUGCCCUCUUCUGGCCUCUGUGGGCACCAGACAUGUACAUGAUGCACAGACAUACAAAUAUGUAGGCUGAACACCCAUAAACAUUAAAAACAAAGUACUAGUCAGGCAUGGUGGCUCGACAGCUGUAAUCUUAACCCUCUAAACGACGACACAGGGAACUACCCUAAAUUCAAGGCUAGUUUGGACCACAGUGAGACCAUCUCACAACAAAUACAGAACUCUCUAGAGUUGACAGUUAAGAUUAAUAGCCUUGGGAGAGGAAGAUUAUAACAGGAUUUUUAUCUGCCUAAUUAAAAAGAUUAUACCAAAUAAGAAAUAUUAAUAAUGUAAAGAUAGUGACUAUGUCUAUUGUUUAUGAGCUUAGUUAGUAAUAAACGGAUUAGAUGUCAGCUUGGCUCAGAGCUAGCAAUUUCCUUGUUUGAAAAGGUUAAAAUACUACCAUUUGGGAAGAAAAAAUACCUAGAAGGAAAUAGAAUAAUUCCUGUUCCAGGAUUUGGAGAUGUUAUACUUUAAAGAUGUAAAUUGAGAGCUGGGCAUGGUAGCGCAAGCCUUUAAUCCCAGCAGAAAGCAGAGGCAGGGGGGAUCUAUGUGAGUUCGAGGCUAGCCUAAUCUACAAAGUUGAGUCCAGGACAGCCAGGGCUGUUACACAGAGAAACCCUGUUUCGAAAACAAAACAAAAAAUAAAACUAAUUUAAGUUGGGAUCAGCAAAAUGACUCAGUGUCAGUAUCUAAAGUGCCUGCCACCAAGACUGGUAACUCUAGAAGGGAGGAGGGAACUGAAAACUGACUCCACAGAACUGUCCUGAUUGCCACUUGUUUGCACUCUCAUCUGUACGUGCUGGAAUAUAUUGGAUUCCUUUGGUGAAUGUGUUAAGGAUGACACAGUUACUGCAGAACAUGGAGGUCAGAGGGCAACUGCAGGAGCGUACACCCCCACCUCUGGGAUGUCAGGGUAGGCAGCAAGCACUUGUAUCUGCAAAUGCCAUUUUGCUGACCCACUUUUCUGUCCUUUAUGGUUGUAGUAGUGUGGGUAAUUCCUAUCAUUUGCAAAGAAUUCUAGCUUAUUUAUGAAUAGAACAGAGUGGGAACACUGAUAUUUAUUGAAGUCUUAACAACUGAUAUUUAUUACAAUUCAUUCUGAUUGCUUUUCAGUCUACUUUGACACAGUUAGAGUAUCACUCAUCCUGGAGCUUCAGGGUGAGGAAGGGCACUGUAGAGCUUUUCUGAUAAAACCAUCACCAGGAUUAGCUAAGCGAAGGCAGCCAUUUGCUGAAAAAUUCAGUAGAGCAAGGAGGGUACUGGUAAAAGGGCCUUCAGGAAGCACUGUGGCUGUAACUGGACUGUCAUUUGCUCCUUCACUCCCUGUUAAGUGUAUCUUUGUGCUGUUUGAGAUGUAUUACACAUUUGUUUAAUUUUACAUUUCAAUAAAACUAGUUGUCAAUGGUAA